AAAGAAGAAUAAAUAUCAAUGGGAGGAGGAAACCAAACUUACGUCAUUGAAUUUAUUCUGCUGGGACUCUCAGAGGAUCCUAAAAUCCAAAUCUUGCUAUUCUGUGUUUUCCUGAUCAUCUAUCUCCUCUCUGUAUUUGGAAACCUGCUGAUUAUAAUCCUUAUCCAAACUGACUCUCAUCUUCAUACCCCCAUGUACUUUUUCCUCCAAAACUUAUCCUUUGCUGACCUCUGUUUCUCUACAAGCAUUGUGCCCCAGAUGUUGGUUCACUUCCUUUCAAAAAGGAAAACCAUUACCUUUAUUGGAUGCUCAAUACAGAUAGUGGUCUUUCUCCUGGCAGGGUGUACAGAAUGUGCUCUUCUGGCAGUGAUGUCCUAUGACAGGUAUGUAGCUGUCUGCAAGCCCCUGCACUACACCACCAUCAUGACUCACAGGGUUUGUGUCCAGUUGGCUGUGGUUUCCUGGAUAAGUGGGGCAUUUGCAUGUUCAGUGGACAGUGCAUUUACACUGAGCAUCCCUUAUCAGGGACAGAAUGUAAUAAAUCACUACUUCUGUGAGCCACCUGCCCUCCUAAAGCUGGCUUCAGAAGACACCUAUAGUGCUGAGAUGGCUCUGUUUUUAGUGGGAGUGAUUAUCCUUUUAGCUCCUGUCUCUCUCAUCCUUAUCUCAUACUUCAACAUCAUCUCCACUGUGAUCCGGAUGCAGUCUGGGGAGGGAAGGCUCAAGGUCUUUUCGACCUGUGGAUCUCACCUCACUGUUGUGAUUCUCUACUAUGGCUCUGGAAUAUUUGCCUACAUGAGACCCAACUCCAAGACAAUGAGUGAAAAGGACAAGGUUAUCUCUGUGUUUUAUUCAGUUAUGACUUCCAUGUUGAAUCCAAUUAUCUAUAGUCUUAGAAACAAAGAUGUGAAAGGAGCCCUAGGAAAACUGGUCAGAAGACUGUGUAUAGUCAAAGCUGGUGAUGCAGACAUUUAA